AUGCAGAACCAGAGUUUGUUUAAUUUGAACGAAGUAAAGUUUCACUUACAUUUUAAGUGUAAAUUGUAUACAUGUAGUUGUGAAACUCAUUAAUAUUUCAUGAAGAAAACACAAAAGAAAUCAUGACCAUGAACUUCGUGGUCGUGAUUUCUUUUGUGUUUUUUUUUUCAUGAAAUAUUAAUGACAUGAAGGAGUUUAACGCCCGUAUUCUAAAAGCUCACUCACACUCAAUGAGAGGAGGUUCAAUCUGAGCUUCUCUUCAGUGUCAAUGCUGUUUUUGAAUAGCUGGAGGGUGAGUAGUUACAUAGUAAGGGACGACACUAGCCUUCCAGCUAUUCAAAAACAGCAACUGACACUCGAGAAAAGCUCAGAUUGAACUUCCACUCAUUGAGUGUGUGUGUAAAGCCUGGUUCACAUUGAUCGUACACAUCGGCGAUGCCCAUUGUCGGUGGUCAUUGAUGCAUAAAAUGUUUUGUGCAUUUUCUUCUUCGUUGCUCACAGACAAUGGAUCGUAGAACAUCGCCGAUCAAUGUGAACCAGGCUUGAGUGAGCUUUUAGAAUAUAUGCGUAAGACCUUUUAUAUUGUCGACUUUGUAAUUUUCUAUGACCAUAGGAAAAAGACGAAAGUUUACUUGACGAUGUAUUGUGUUCUGCUGUGAUACCAAAAGGAACGCUUCUCGUUACACAAGGCGAAGUGGUAAGAAUGGAUUGAUUAUAAUAAUAAUUGAUGGUUUAUUGAUAUAUUUUCGCACCAGAGGUCAGUUGUUCAAAGCUGCGUCAGCUUAACCCUAGGUUAACCUAAAAUUCAAAGCAAACUUCCAACAGCUUGUUUAUAAAAUUGGAAAUAUUUCUUCAGAAAUCUUGCUUGAAUCAGUUGAUGUUUUCUUCUCUGAAGUUUUGAAAUAAACAGGCGUGCAGAAAUACACAAACUAUAACAGCAGGUUAAAUUUUAACCAUGCAUGCAGGGUUAGCGCUAACCCACCUUUGAACAACCGGCCCCAGAAGGUGAAUUGCGAUGUGUUUACAAAUUGGGGAAUAAAAAUUACUCAUCAAAAAUAGAAAUAACUACGGCAGGCUGCGAUAAUGUAAGAUUUUAAGUCGUGCUUGACUUGGUUGUUGUCGCGUCCUUGAGCUAUAGUACAAACUUAGUACUUAAUGUGUAUUUAGUCAUUAAAAUAUAAGGUUCAUAAAGUACAGGUUUCUGAAAAGCAUGUUUAGACCAAGAAGUAGAAAAAGAAGCCAAUUGGCAAAAAUGAAUAUAUAAACAAUCGACUCCAACGUUUCUUUGUGGCAUCAGUCCAGUCAUGUUUGAUGCCAAGACAUCUCAGACACAUGACAUACCAACUAUAAAUUACGGUAUUGAAGGUACAAAGAUGCCAACAUGUAUACACGAACAGUAAUACUUUGGUUUGCAGCUAAGUAUCCAAGGAAUUUUAACCAUCAUUGUAGGUUUUUCUACUAGAAGUUAAAAAUUUCUGCCAAAGUGUGAAAUAUUUCAAUAAUGUUUCAGGAUUGUAGCGUCUAUUUCCUUAUCAGUGGCUGCCUGCAAGUCUCUCAGAAAGACAUGGAUUCUAGCGAAGAGGUAUAUAUAGUAUGUUAAGAUAACACGGUUUUCAUCGACCAAACUCACAACUUGUCAACAGGCUUGCAGCAAGCUUAUAACAAUAGUUGUCAUUUCAUCAAGUUGCUACAAUGUUGUCACUCACAACUUGUUAACAAAUUAUUGAAUUGAAGGACGAUAACAUGUUGGAACAACUUGUGACAAAUCUUUUGAGUCGACAACCUUAUACACGCGUAAAAAUUGAGAAAAUCAACGACUUGUUCCUGGUUGAUAUCAACAGGCGUGAACAAGGUUGUGCGGCCCACUAUGAACAGUAUUGUCAACAUGUUGUUACAGCAUUGUUCAACUGUAACAACUUGGUUGACAACUGUUACAGCAUUGUUCAACUGUAACAACAUGGUUGACAACUUGUUCAUAGUUGGCCGCGCAACAUUGUUCACGCCUGUCGAUAUCAACUUGGAACAACCUGUGCGGGUUUUUAGCCGUGUAGCAAGUUGUCAACAAACUGUUGACAAACUUGUCAACAAGAUGGGUACAAGCGUUGCUAACACAUCCUAAAACGAGUUGUUGCAACAGUUUUACGUGUGUUUACAAGUUAAAAUUUUCUUUGAUGUGGAGAAAGCGUACUACAAUAAAUUGCAGUACUUGUCAACUUUCGUUGAGAUUUAACGUUGUCUUCUGUAAAUAAGCGUUUGUUUAUUGUGCUUCGCUUCCAAACAUCAUACAACAAUUGCCUUAAGGAGGCUCCCUACAGUUGCGUGCGGGAUGUUCGCGGGACCAGUACGUGAACUAUCCCACGCAACCGCAUGAUCAAAACAAAACAAAAUAUUUUUUUUUAAAAAAAGCUAUUUCUGAAAGGUUUCUAAUGGGAAAAAUCGUUGAAUAAUACUUCGUUUUGAGUGCCAAAUUACUUGCGAGUCUAUACAGCAAUUCUACAUAUGAUACGAAUACCACUAGACCAAAAAUAGCUACGAAACAAUGUUUUUUAAUGUUUUUAAAAUAUACAUUGUCAACUGUAAAACAUUUGCAAAAUUGCAUACAAACGUUUAAAAAGUUGUUUACUUCUCAAGAAAACGUUCACGUUUUUAGUCGUGUUUCUACAAGAUUGAAGUGAUUAUAUGUAAACAGAAAAAUAUUUCAGUUUCAUAGCCUAAUUGUUCAUUUUUAGGAAAAAGUACAAAACCAAACAUGAAACAAAAAAACACGUCCACCUGUUAAUAGGCUGUUACAGCUCAUAGAUUGAGUAAACGGCAGGAUUCAAUUAGCUUCAACCUUGUUUUCAUCGAUUUAAUCCUUCACAAUAAUCCUUGGCUGUCCAUAGCACUCAAAUAAAUCGAAAAGUUGACAAAAACAAAACAGUAAAAAGUAAAAACACGAACAUUGCGGCUCGAUUUUGCUGAAUGAAAACUCGUUCUGCGCCCACGUACAAUCUUUUACUAGUCAGCGACGCUUUUCAAUAGGGGAAUUUCUCGAGUUACACGAGGCUAUUUUCUAACUUUAUUUGCAUUUUACUCAUUAGUUUCGUCGGUGACCUAUCUUCAAAUUUUAACCACGAAUUUAUUUUGCGGUAAAUUUUAUAAAUUUCAAAUUUAAAAAAAAUCUGUAGUGUGGAAAUUUCGCAAUAAAUUUUUCGCUUUUAAAAAAAUCACACACUACAGAAUUUUUUUAAACUUUCACCACAGUUGCAGAGCAUCAUUCCUUAUUGGUAUAUGAAAUAAAAAAGAUAGGUCACCGACAUCGUUUUUGAGAUAGCGGCACAUUUAUGGGUUAAAUUGGAAUGCUUUAUGCUGUCGUCAUGUUGCCAUGGGAACAUUGACAUCGUCGAAAUCUAGUUCGAAAUAUUCCUUAGGUGACCAAUAUUACCACCAAGUCGAAAAGAAUUCGCGUUCUGCACGAAUAAGCCUGUUUUACGGAAUUGUUGCUUAAACAAGAAUAACUGUAGGGAGCCACCUUAAAGAGGGAAGCCUCGCAGUGCCUCGGAAGGUCGUCUCCAAUUGGAUGGGGGGUUUUCUAAAGAACGAAGCAAUUCAUUGUUCUGAACACAAAAGCAAUUGUCAAGUCGGGCCAAUGAAAAUCACUCUUCCGAGCUACUGCGAGGCUACCCCUUAAAGAAGCUGGGACACCAUAACAGCUUAACGCCAAUUACAGUGGGCAUGACAAGCCAUGUGAACUGUUUUCAAGCAACUAUAUAACCUUUAGAAACUGAUGACAUAUAUCCCAUUUAGAACGUGUUGUACGUCACUCAUCCUGGGGAAUUCGUGGGCAGUCUCUCCGUCAUAACUGGCGAACCAUCACUGUUUACAAUCAAGGCUGUCAAGUUUUGUCAACUUGGUGUCUUGAGCAAAAGUGAUAUCUACGGGUACGAUUGUGUAAUUUAUGACUGCAGACAACUGUCUAUUGUUUUUUCUCAAAGGUUGAUACAUGGAAGAGCUUAUUCUGUGCUCAUUUGAUGUGAUGAAAGCACUCCGAGUCUCUGAAUCUAACCCAGACCCAUCCCUAAGCCCAAGCUUCCAGCCACAAGUGGGACGCCCUACAACGAAAAAUGGACGACUUUGGACGCCCAAAUUCCGGGGAGGAAAGUGAAAUGAUUCUCAAUGAUUUCCCUAAAUAUAUUAACAUAUCUGAAACGAAAUAGCUUCAGUUUUCAAUAUUAUUAUACAUUUGACGUUUUGAUCAAUUUGAUGGUGUGACGUUUUGAUCAAUUUGAUGAUAAAAAUGUCGUAAAGAAGCAUAGCGGCACAAAGCUCACAAAGUGUUUGAAAAAUCCCCCCCCCCCCGACGUAGAUGGGUCAUUGUACCAAAAUUGGACGCCCUUUUUCAGGAUCCUGGAUAAAAGGCCUGCCUAACCCUAACCCAAACUUCUCCGACGAAUCUUUUGUGUGAUGUCACUACAUCAUUUGAGUGGAGAAUAGUUUUCCCUUUGAUACACAUGCAUUCUCAAGCUUUCGUGUUCAUUUUAGUAUUCUUCUACAAAGACCACGUGUUAUUCUAAAUCUCAGCAGUACGCUGACGUCACGAUUGACACCGCUGGUCAGAAAUAUUGACUACGCUCUUGACUGGGUUCACAUGGAAGCUGGACGAGCUAUAUACAGGUAUGCUGUUGGACAGAAUUUUGUGAAAAUACUGUGUUUAUAGCUAUAUUAACUAUCAGUUCUAAACUGUUCUCCAUGGAGGUCCAGUGAGGAUCUUCUCUUAGAAGUCAUCUCUUACUGGUAGGAGUCAUCUCUUACUGAUCCAGUGUUACAAGAAAGUUAAACUGAACUAACUUUAUUUAUACUGAUAGCUCUUUCAGUUCUAAACUGUUUUUCCUAGAGGUCCAGUAUAGGAGUCAUAUCCAGUGUUACUACCGGAGGAAACCUAAACUAAACUAACUUCAUUUAUUCUGGAUAGCUCUAUCAGUUCUAAACUGUUCUCCCUAGAGGUCCAGUAAGGAUCAUCUCUUAUUAAUCCAGUGUUACUACAGGAAGAAACUUGAACUAAAUUAUUUAUACUGGGUAGACACAUGCAUAAACCAUGCAUUGUAAACCAAACCCCUUCACAGUCCCAAGAACAGGAUACUGUGACGUCUUUGGAAUAUAAACCUAUAUAGUUAUAGUGUCUCUGCAUGCAUUAGAGCACUCUCUCAUAUAUAUAUAGCUAUUUUACUGUUUUCCCAGACAAGGCGACGAGUCAGAUUGUCUAUAUAUUGUUCUCAAUGGUCGUCUGAGAUCUGUUGUCACUCAAAAUAAGAAAAAAGAACUGGUCGGUGAACAUGGCCGAGGGGAAUUGGUUGGCGUGGUAAGUAUGUACGUAUACUGACGGUACAGUAGGGGAAAUUUCCUGGAAAUCAUACGAGGGUGUGCAUGGGAAAAUCAGCUUCCCUAGUCAAAUAUAGGUUAUAGGCAUGCAUCCUUAAAAAAAUCAAAAUGAAACAGUUCUCACCAGUUAAAAUUGUUAUAAUUUAUGGAAAUUGAUGCGUAUUCUAAAACAUGCAAUAUAAGGCUCUUUUCAUCACAAAAACCAGCUCGCAAGCUUGUUGCUAGUACUUUCAUCCAAGCGCAAUGCUCGACUGUUUGAUAGCUAUAAACGCAUUCUCAGUGAGUUGGUCUUUGCGAUUAGUAGGAAAGAUAUAAGAUGACCGUACGAACAUUGGUAUUUUUUAGGUAGAAGCGUUGACGCAAAAUCCACGAAUGGCUACCGUUCAUGCUGUGCGGUAAGAUUCAUUGGUAUCACGGUCCGGCUUAGGGCGUGUUUCACUAUAGGCUUUGCUAGACAACAUGCAUUUGGACUUCUGUGGAUAAAUAUUAGCCAAUUAGCGAAUAAAGAAUUCCACCAUAGGUUUUGCUAGACAGAAACAUCGCUAAACAAAACCCCACGACCCCAUCCGAUUGAGAGAAUGGAACAUGACUUUAAAAAGCUUUAUAUUACAGUAAUAUCUUACGAAUCCUUACGACAUACAACAGAGGUAUAGAAGGCGUACGGCUUUAUUGAGAUUUUAUUUUUAUUUUUUUUAUACAGUGAUACGGAAGUGGCCAUUCUUCCUGACGGAUUAUUGAACGUUAUAAAGCAUAAAUACCCUCAGGUGUGUAUGAAAUACCGAAAUUAGCAAAAAAUACAGACUUUGAUAAAAGUUACUUUUGUUCAUUUUGAAGAUAUAAAAUAAAUUAGUUAAUAAUUCUAUUAAUAUAUUAACAUUUAAUUCUUCUCUUUAAAUUGUUCUGAAAAUGUCUUGAAGCCUGUGUCACUGUGUUUUAGGUCGUCAGCCGACUUAUUCAUUUAUUGGGGGAGAGUAUUCUUAGUCCCAUGAAAGCUAUGCAGUUAGGUUGGUUGCUUUAUAUAAACUUAAUAUCGAAAUUUUACUGCCUUUAUUUAUUCUGGAUAGCCCUACCAGUUCUAAGCUGUUUCCCAUGGAGGUUUUAAUUAAAGGCAUCUGUUAUUGCUUUGUCAAUGUUAUUAUGAGAGAAAACCUAAACUAAACCAUAUUAUAUUGGACAUACCCUGCCACCAAUCACUUGAGUUCUUUCAAUUCUAUAUAUGAGAAUGCCGUAAGAAAACCUUUCAAAAAGGAAACCUCUCAAAUUAGAAUGCCGUAAGAAAACCUUUAAUACUUGGUUGAGUCAAACCAUAGCCUAUCGAAGAUGGCUGUGAAACUCAUUAGAAUAACAAUAUAACUCAUUAUCUAUGUUAGUCAAUGUUUAUUCAUAAAUCUUUCACCGUCAUGUGUGUAUUGUAUUUUUGCCAAAUCCACCAAUAGCAAUUUCCAAUUUAUCCUAUUGUUCGAGUCACGGAUAGAUAGCAUUGCUAUUCGUUAGUUGGGCAAAAUAUACAAUACGCACAUGACGGUGAAGGACCAGAUUUAUGAAUAAACAUUGACUAACAUAGAUAAUGAGUUAUAUUGUUAUUCUAAUGAGUUUCACAGCCAUCUUCCCUUCGAUAGGCCAUCAUGGUCAAACUAGAAGCACUUCUUUAACGUGCGAAUGAGAGGUAUCUCCUGAGUGCCAGAACUUUAAUCGCAUCUUUCUUGUCCUAGAGCAUUCAGGAGAAGCGAGUGAAGUGGGAACGAAUUUAGGAACGAUAGCUAUUGUCCAGGCUUCUGACGAAGUGCCAUUAAGCAACUUCGCGUUCGAGUUAAGUUUGGCGCUAAACAGUAUAGGUAUGUUUAAUAUUGUUAUUGAUAAUUGUGAAAACAUUAAUAAUUCAUCAGGAAAAAACAAAAGAAAUCGCUGCCAUGUCGGUGGUUUCAUACGUGAUAAAAAAUCAUGUUCAUUUACAUAAACUUUAGCUUUGGUUAUCUUGUAGAAAACUUCAU